GUAAGGGACAGGAUCGGUGAGCAAGAUGAUCUCCGUUGGGGAGGGAGAAUUGACGCCUUGCGUCUCCGUUGUCUCUCUUUGACUCAGAGCUACGGGGUUCUGGCAACGUCCCUCGAAGAAUUAUGGGGCAAGGCCUGCAGGCUGCAGCAUCACUUUUCUCUGAUUUGUCUUGCAUUGCUGUCGCCCAACGACGGAACUUUUCAUUGGACCCCUGGCUUGCCCUUCUGAGGUCAAUUUGCAGGAUUUCGGAAGGGAAGGGAAAAAAAAAAGAAAAAGAAAAACGGCUUGGAUAUGUGUUCGAAGCGGAUACUCCCUGCCCUGGCAACCACACAUAUGGCCUGUUGGCAGGGCUGCCAACUGGCCACAGGAUCUUUGUGUCGACCAGAUUGCAUCUGCCUAUUUUAAUUUGCUCCCUGACUAAUGCAAUACCAAUGGACGGGAGCGAAUAUAGAGCGAUCUCGAUAACCUGGGAUUGCUGCCCAAUCUGCGCCCAGGAACAAAGGCGAUUGGGCCUGACCCCCAAACGCUUUACAUGCAGAACCGCUUUCCCUUGGAACUUGGAAGACCGACUGUAUCAGUACUCCCCAGCCGACUUUAUUGACGUGUGAAAUUACGUUUCCGCGAAUUAGAAAAAAGGAGGCGAGGAAAAUAAUGCAAUCGUGAAGCCAGAUUUGGUCGGGUGCAUUCUUCCUCCAUUGAAUUCGCUGUUCUGCAUGGACUAUUUAUUUUUCUUUCUCAGCCAUACUAUUCGAUCCAUAGUAUUCCGUUCCUCAAAAGAAAAGAGCAACUUAUUACUUGCUCUUGUUUCCCGCCCUCCAUUGCCCAUUUUUUUUUGGUCCCAACGAAACACCGCUCACACUCUCCUUCUCUCGUCGAUGCAGCUCGCAUUGGCCUGGUUUUGAGUGCCUAAUUUUCUUUCUGUACUCUGUACACUCUGUAUUAUUCUCAGUUCUCUUACUGAAACCUGAUUGCUCCACGCCAUACCAUCAUUCGCAACCCCGUUUGUCAAAUAGUUGUUUGCGCCCUCUUAGCCUUCCGUCCGAAUUUGAACUUCUUCCCACCUACUUUUGCAAUCCGCCUUAUUGCGUGUCUCCCCUCGGACAUCGAGAGACCAGGAUCCCAAUUGUCAGUGCGCCCAUUCCCCUCCUCGCUCCUAGUGUCGCAAGGAUUUCUUUUUUUGCCAACGCUUUGGCCUCCAUUACAGCUUCCUAUCGCCACAAACACUAUAUUUUCAAAUCAAGAAACAUCCUUUUCCCCCGUGCUUUCACUGGGGACACGUUUCAAG